CACGGAGGGGCAGCCUCUUUGGGACUAACUCAUGAAGAACAAGGGUGCCAAGCAGAAGCUGAAACGAAAGGGAGCCACCAGCGCCUUUGGCUGUGACCUGACCGAGUAUCUGGAAAGCUCAGGACAAGAUGUUCCAUAUGUGUUGAAGAGCUGUGCAGAAUUUAUAGAGACUCAUGGCAUCGUGGAUGGAAUUUAUCGGCUUUCGGGAGUCACCUCAAACAUACAACGGCUAAGGCAAGAGUUUGGCUCAGAUCAAUGUCCAGAUCUGACGAGGGAAGUGUACCUCCAGGACAUCCACUGUGUGGGCUCACUCUGCAAGCUCUACUUUAGGGAGCUGCCCAACCCCCUCCUGACCUAUGAGCUUUAUGAGAAAUUCACGGAGGCAGUGUCACGCUGCCCAGAAGAAGGCCAGUUGGCCCGAAUCCAAAAUGUUAUCCAGGAGCUUCCCCCAUCCCAUUAUAGGACCUUGGAAUACCUGAUUCGACACCUGGCCCACAUCGCCUCCUUCAGCAGCCAGACCAACAUGCAUGCCAGGAACCUGGCCCUCGUGUGGGCGCCAAACCUCCUCAGGUCCAAAGAAAUUGAAGCUACGGGUUGCAAUGGAGAUGCAGCCUUCCUUGCCGUGCGGGUCCAGCAGGUGGUGAUUGAGUUCAUAUUGAAUCAUGUGGAUCAAAUCUUUAACAAUGGUGCACCUGGGUCUCUAGAGAACGAUGAAAACCGGCCCAUCAUGAAGAGCCUGACCUUGCCAGCCCUCUCCCUGCCCAUGAAGCUGGUGAGCCUGGAAGAAGCUCAGGCCCGGAGCUUGGCUACUAACCAUCCUGCUCGAAAGGAAAGGAGGGAGAAUAGCCUGCCUGAGAUUGUCCCUCCCAUGGGCACCCUCUUCCACACUGUCCUUGAGUUACCAGACAACAAAAGAAAGCUCUCCAGUAAAUCAAAGAAGUGGAAGUCAAUAUUUAAUCUGGGACGUUCUGGAUCAGACUCCAAAUCAAAGCUGAGUAGAAAUGGGAGUGUAUUUGUCAGAGGACAGAGGCUCUCAGUGGAAAAAGCUACUAUCCGACCAGCUAAAAGCAUGGACUCACUGUGCUCAGUGCCUGUGGAAGGGAAAGAAACCAAAGGAAAUUUCAAUCGAACAGUCACCACUGGUGGAUUUUUUAUUCCAGCAGCAAAAAUGCAUGGAACCAGCACUGGCAGCUCUUGUGACCUCAGCAAGCAGGAGGGUGACUGGGGUCAGGAGGGGACACCAGCAGGGGCCGAGGGGGGCUUUGACCUGAGCAGUGACCGAGGUCAACUCCAGGGUGCUCAGGCCCGGUUCCCACCCGAGCAGCUGAAGGUGUUCCGGCCCAUCGAGGAUCCUGAGAGUGAGCAAACAGCCCCAAAGAUGCUGGGUAUGUUCUACACCUCAAACGACAGUGCCGGCAAAUCUGUCUUCACCAGCAGUCUCUUCCAGAUGGAGCCCUCACCCCGUCACCAGCGCAAGGCCCUGAACAUCUCUGAGCCCUUUGCUGUGUCUGUGCCCCUCCGCGUGUCAGCUGUCAUCAGCACCAACAGCACCCCGUGCAGAACACCCCCGAAAGAGCUGCAGUCUCUUUCCAGCCUGGAGGAGUUUCCUUUCCAGGGGUCAGAGAGUGGAGGUUGGCCUGAAGAAGAGAAGCCACUGGGAGCUGAGACUUCUACAGCUUCUGUAUCUAAGAAGGCAGCUCUUGAAGAUGCCAAGCCAGGACCAGAAGCCAUGAAGACAGUGGAAUGCAGCAAAGGCCUUUCCCUGGAGACAGGAGCCCAACUGGAGGAGAAGAAAACCUCAGAAAUCGUCCUGAGCAGUCAACAUUCAAAUGAACCGGAGAAGAGGCAGAAUCUGGAGAAGGUGGUGGAGGAGGGUGGAGAGCCUGGCCCGGUGGAGUCCGGAGGAGUGCUGCAGGAGAGCCCCAGGGCCAGAGCAGAGGCGGUGUUCCUGCCUGAGAUGGAUGAAGAUGAUCUGGCCAGCACCCUGAUCUGGCCUGAGAUUCAACAGGAGCUAAAAAUCAUUGAAUCUGAGGAGGAGCUGUCCUCAGUGCCAACACCUGCUCGAAACAUCAGCCCAACUCAACCCAUUUUUGAGUCAAGUCCAAGGCCUUUUGCUGCCCCAGAGCCAUCUGGGGGCUUACCUUGUGUCUCCACCCCAGCUCCAGUCUCCACCCAUCUGGAGGAGUGGACUAGGGAUCCAGCCAAUCAGAGCACACAGGGGGCUCCCACAGCAACCAAUAGAGAAAAGCCAGAGACAACCAGCAGUCUCCAAGGAUCUGAGACUGAGAAGGGCCAGCGCCCAGAUCCCACCAGCCUGGCUUCUCUGGAAAUCGUCCCGUUUGAGACGGCCUCUCCACAAGCAAGGGUCAAGGUGGGAGGCCCGGGGAACCUGUCUCCUCUGAUCCCACCUGCUCCACCCCCGCCAACUCCUCUGGAGGAGGCACCCCAAGUCCAGCAGUUGAAGGAUGGGCCUGAAAGGGAAGACUCAUCAAAGAAUGUGAGGACAAAUCCAUAUAUAAACCAGCUGAAGUCCAAAGGCGGUCCUGGGAUCCCCAGUCUUUGUCAGGGAGACAAGUCCUCUCCAGGACAAAGUGAGAAACAAAAGUCAAAGAAUGCUGUUCCUGAUGGAAAAGGCUCUGGCUUUCCUAGCUCAGCAAAGGAGGUGGAGACGUCCCCACAAGGAGAAGGGGAUGCAGCCCAUUCAGUACAGGAGCCCUCAGACUGUGAUGAAGAUGACACUGUGACAGAUAUUGCCCAGCAUGGCCUGGAGAUGGUGGAACCCUGGGAGGAGCCUCAGUGGGUGACGAGUCCCCUUCAUUCCCCUACCCUGAAAAAUGUGCAAGAGGCCCAGGUGCAGGGCCUGCAGGGCCCCCGACUAGAGAAGAGGCUCUCCCACAGGCCUAGCCUCCGUCAGAGCCAUUCUCUAGAUAGCAAAACCAUGGCUAAGAGCCAGUGGACUCUCCAGGCUCCCUCCUCCAGCAGCUGUGUGAAUCUUGAAGCAGAGAGGCAUUCUGACCCUCUGCAGCCCCUGGCCCCCAGGAGAGAGCUUACUGGAUGGCAUGAGAAAGCCCUGAGAUCCUUCAGAGAGUUCUCUGGCCUGAAAGGGACAGAGGCUCUUUCCAGCCAGAAGGAACCAGGUAGUUUGCUGCCUAAACCAGCAGAAACCAGCCCUGUCAGCCCAGCAGAGGGAAAGGACCUGGGGACACACCUGGGACACGGCAACCCUCAUACUGAGCAGGGUAGUGUUCCUAGACCAGAGAGCAGCAAGGAGAGCUUACCUAGUGCACAGGACAGCACCUCACCUGGGGAGCAUCCCCCAAAGUUACAGCUGAAGAGCACUGAGUGUGGGCCCCCCAAAGGGAAAAAUAGGCCUUCCUCCCUCAACCUGGACUCUGCCGUUCCCAUCACUGACUUCUUCCAGUUUGAGAAUGUGGCCUCAUUUGGUUCACCUGGAAUGCAGGUCCCUGAGCCAGAAGACCCAAAGGUCACAUGGAUGACUUCAUCUCACUGUAAAGUAGACCCCUGGAGGGUUUACUCCCAGGACCCUCAAGACCUGGACAUUGUUGCUCACGCCCUGACAGGCCGCCGUAACUCAGCUCCCGUCAGUGUGUCAGCUGUGAGAACCUCCUUCAUGGUCAAAAUGUGCCAGGCCAGGGCCGUCCCAGUCAUCCCACCCAAGAUUCAGUACACACAGAUCCCACAGCCACUGCCCUCUCAGAGCCCAGGGGAGGAGGGUGCUCAGCCUCUGGAGAGGAGCCAGGAGGAAGCCAGCUCAGCUGGUGGGACUUUUCAGAAACCUGCCAAAGAUGAUUCUCUCUCCUCCUUGGAAGGCCCAAAGGAAGAGAAGCCAAAGCAAGACACAGGAGCCAUGGAGUCCUUGCCAGUGGAUGCCACUGCACCCCACGUGUGUGAAGGACCCGCCCUUUCUCCAGAACCAGGUUUGGCUAACCUGCUGUCCACCCAGGAUGCAGUAGUGCAGUGCCGAAAGCGCAUGUCAGAGACAGAGCCAUCUGGGGACAACCUUCUUUCUUCAAAAAUAGAGCGACCGUCAGGGAAUUCUAAGCCUUUCCACAGGUCAAGGCCAGGAAGACCUCAGAGCCUUAUCUUAUUCAGUCCUCCUUUCCCCAUCAUGGACCAUCCACCUCCUUCUUCCACAGUGACAGAUUCCAAGGUCCUGCUGUCCCCUAUCAGAAGUCCCACCCAGACAGUUUCCCCUGGUCUUCUUUGUGGGGAGUUGGCAGAAAACACGUGGGUCACACCAGAAGGGGUUACACUUAGGAAUAAAAUGACCAUUCCUAAGAAUGGCCAGAGACUAGAGACCUCCACCAGCUGUUUCUAUCAGCCUCAGCGGAGAUCAGUGAUUCUGGAUGGAAGAAGUGGGAGGCAAAUAGAAUGACUUCAGUUCAUCUUGUGGUGUCUGAAAAAAAUGCCAUGACUCAUGUGGGACUUAUUACAGGGCCAAUUCAGCAUUAAUCCAGACACAGGUUAUCCAAGUUUGGGCUUAUUUUGGAUGCUUCUGCUCUUCCUUCAGCCUUUUGGCCACUUAUUAGUCAGGUAAGGGAGAGGAUGAAAUUCUUCCUCCAGUGAGAUUUGGGGCUUGUCUGUGUGUUGCAUUUACUCCCCUCUCGCCAUUAUCUAUCUAUUACUGUGGCGAGCUGGAUGUGAUAAUGACUUCUGCAAGGAAAGAGAAAUCUUUCGUCUAUUGGAAAAGGUUGCUACUGAGGUUUGAAAGCCUCCUCUUUACUUCAGGCUUUUUAAUCCUCUUUAAAGCAUGUGUUCUUUUAGACCAGUAUUCUGAUAAGCUUUGUAAACGUGUACUAUCCGGAAUAGAAGCAGAUUUGGAAAAGCUAACUGAUGUACACAGAGAUCUCCCAGUGGGUGGAUUUACUCCUGCUCUUUCCUGAAAUUCCUGCUGGCCCGCCCAAGAUGGCUCCAUGUGCCAGCCUAGAAAAUCAGAAUCCAUACGCAAGAGGAAACUCUGAGACUGGCACAGUCUAUGCAGAAUUUCUGGCUCUGGCUUUUAUUAAUUUGGGACUCCAACGACCACUAUCCUGGCCUCUGAUUGAUAAAUCCAGUAGCUGGACAGGUUGGGUGGUGAGCUGAGGGUCACCUCAAAGAAAUGUGCCAAGUCUUCAUUUACGUAAGCAAUAGUGAUCUACUUUCAUUCCAAUAUCACAGUCCAAAAACGGUGUCAUCAUAAAGAAAAGCCUCACACAUGGACAGAGCUACACUCCAAGCGGAAUGUGUUUCAGUUGGUGGGGCAGUAGCAGAAAGCACAUCUAGGUCAGCUUCCCUCUUACACACUGGGCUGGGACAAGAGUGAGGGAGAAGAUGAGGAAGAGCUCCAGGAGGGGUGGGGAAAGAGCCCUGGCAUGGCGGCCGUCCCUACCAUCUGAUGGCCGGCAGCUCUCCUUCUGAAAAUCUAGUUCGUUUUAGCCAGUGGACUCCUUCCUUUCUCCUGCUCCCUUCAUUGCUGAAGGACAGAUUUGAGGCACUCUUUCUUCCACACUCCCCCACCACCACCCACCACCCACCCCAGGCACUCAGACUUGCCCUUCUCCUGUCUGUUUAAAAGCAGAAGCAAUAAACCAACCUGAUUUUUUGUCAGUUA